UGGUGGUGCCAGGCCGUGGCCAGACGGCGCUGAAGCACCCCGUGCAUUAGCCCAGCAUCCCAAUGAACACCCCCAAGAAUUAUUCGGGAACGAACUAUCGACGCGCGAUAGUUGAGCCAACAGCCAUUCGUCGACCUGAAGGACAGCGGAGCAGUUCAGUAGUGUGGCUUCAGACACAUACAGAACAGGCAGGAUGAGCAGGCUAUAUGACACCCUGGAGCCCAGUGUGAUGGAUAAGAAGAUGCUACAGCAGGCUGUGGAAGAGCAAGGCCCUCAAGACCAAGCGGGGCAGAUUGCCAAAGAGGAGGGAGUCCUGUAUGAGGAAGUCUGCCAGUUGUGUCUAAACUACAGGAACAUCCUGAAGAUUGAUCACCUGUGGCAGUUCACAUCUCUGACCAAGCUACAGCUAGACAACAACAUCAUUGUGAAGAUUGAAGGACUUGAGUGCCUCACCAAUCUGAAGUGGUUAGAUCUGUCUUUCAAUAACAUUGAGGUGAUCGAGGGGUUAAAUUCUCUGGUGUUGCUUGAAGACCUGAGCCUGUACAACAACAGAAUUUCUGUCAUUGAGAACAUGGACACACUCCUAAACCUCCACAUUCUGUCCCUUGGGAACAACCUUUUCACUCAAUUGGAAAAUGUGAUCUACCUCAGAAGGUUCAAGAAUCUGCGCACUCUCAAUUUAGCUGGAAACCCAAUCUGCAGGGAAGAUCACUACAAGAUCUUUGUGGCUGCCUACCUUCCAGAGCUGGUUUACUUGGAUUUUGGGCUACUCAAUGAAGAAACACGAGAGCAGGCCCAUGGAAAAUACCAGUAUGCCAUCGAGGAGAUGCGCCACAAUGAGACCCAGGAGAGAAAAGCCAUAGAGGCAAAGAAAGAACAAGAGGACCAGUUCCAGCUGCACAUGGAUGCCUUUGUGGAGCACUUGAAUGGCCCGUAUCUGUUUGACAGCAUGUAUGCAGAUGAUGCAGAGGCAGCUAAAUUGUCCUAUCUCCCUGGAGUGCCAGUACUACUAGAAACAUUCAAGAGUCAGCUGGUGGAGCUGUGUAUGCAGAUGUUUGAGGUUGGCUUGGCACAACAUGGACGGAGGGAAGACGAGCUCAAGUCCUUCUUCGACUGUUCCAGGGAAGCCGUGGAAGAAAACCAGCAGAGAGCAGCACAGAGUGUUGCAGACUUUGAGAGGGCCAGGAGACAGGUGAUGUCAGAGAUGCAGCAGGCCACAGACCCACGUCUCCUGGAGACACAGCUAAACCACUGCAAUGAUGAGAUCAACCAGCUCUGUGACAGCCUUAUGACCCAGGAGCUGCAGCUGGUUGACCAGCUGGAGGACAUAAUCAAAGAUUUUGAGAGGGACAUUUUGGACAUGGUUGCCGGAUUUGUUGAAGUUGUUCAAGGAAUAUUUGCUCAGUGCAGGGACUUGGAGAACCACCACCAUGAGAAGCUACUGGAAAUCGCUGUGGCUACCCUGGAACAAGUGGCCAAGAAUGAGCUGGAAGAGGAUAUGCCUGAUGAUGUCCGAAUGCUGUUUGUAGACAAGGACACAGUGAUUAAUGCAGUCAGCGCUUCGCACGACACCCACCUGCUGAAGAUUGAUAAUCGCGAAGAUGAGCUGGUGACACGGGUCAAUAGCUGGAUAAGCGCUCUGAUAAAAUCGAUACAAGAUAAAGAAGUGAAGCGGAAUCGCAAGCGCAUCGCAGAAAUUCACAACUACAUUGACUACGUCAGAGACCAGUUGAGUGAGAUGAGACAAGAGAGGUGGGGAAAAAAUAUAUAGAAGCAGAAACAGCACAAGACCAGACGUCUAGAACAUACAGCAAAUGCCCUUACUUCGUUUUUUCAUGAACACUACAGAAAAGGAAUUGUACGAAAUUAAAAUAAAAAGUAUUAUUUGUC